AUGAAGGCCCUUCCAGCAAAUCUACAACGCUGGACACCCAAGCAUAUCUCUGGUAUGACAGGUGUGGGAAAAUUCUUGGCCAUUUGGAAGCGUUUGGCGAAGAGCUCUUGUCCCAAAUGCUCCUCCUGCCCCGUGGAAGACCACUUCCAUGUUCCACCCUGUUCUGCUCCUAGUGCAGUUGCAGAAUGGUCAAAACUCCAUCUGGCCCUCCGGACCUGGAUGCAGACUCAGCAGACUGCCCCAGAGAUUGAAGCCUUCCUCUUCAAAUACCUGAAGAAAGUCCGUCAGCCUUCCUUGGGCGUCCCCACCGUCCGAGCCUAG